UGAAAAUAGCGAGGGAUGCGCAGGCGCCAGUUCGCUUGCGACCUUCAUCAAGGCAACUCGUUUGCACCGUUACCUCUUCAUUUAUGUGCUGACUUUGCUCUCGAUCACUCCCGGUGUUCCUGUGCAUUCUAUGGUGCCAUAGUGUUCCACAUUCUCACUGGUGGAUUACUCUGCCUCAUCUCGGCUCUUCCUCCAGUCACCAGCCUCGAGCCUCACAGAACGACCAUGUGGCUGGAGGUGGUGACGGCCGUGUUGGCGGUGGUGCUGGCGACCCUCGUGUCCCUGAGGGUAUGGUACAGGACUACCUCGGGCCGCUGCACGAGUAGGAAGUCCAUGGUGGGCAAGACGGUCGUCAUUACAGGAGCUACAGCAGGGAUCGGAAAGGAGACCGCCCGUGAUCUACUGCGGCGCGGCGCCCGGGUCAUCAUCGCUUGUAGGAACCUGGAGAAAGGCUGUAGAGUGGCAAGUGAGCUACAAGCCAACGGUGACUCCCGCAGCGAGGUAGUAGUGCGCCACCUGGACACCUCCGAUCUGUCCUCUGUUAGGAACUUUGCCAAAGAGGUGCUGGACACCGAGAAGGCCAUUCACGUGUUGAUCAACAAUGCUGGCGCUGUCUUCCCGGACAAGAGACAGGUAACGGCAGAUGGCCUCGAGCUGACCAUGGCCACCAACUACUUCGGCCACUUCCUGUUGACCAACUUGUUAUUGGGACGACUAAAGGAGUCAGCCCCGAGUCGUGUGGUCAUCGUGUCCUCGGCGUAUCACGAGUAUGUCAAGAACUUGGACUUGAAGGACCUUAACUUUGAAGGCGAAUCCUAUACCAUGAUUGAGGCCUACAACAAGAGCAAGCUGUGUAACGUGUUGUUUGCCCGGGAGUUGGCAGACAGGACGGCAGGCACUGGUGUGACGUCCAACAGCCUUCACCCAGGCAUCGUGACCACCAGCAUCCUCGACAGAGUGCCCUACACCCUCGCAGGCUUCAUCCUCCGCAAUCUGAGUUCCUUCAUCAUCAAGGACGCGGUCUGCGGCGCCCAGACCACCAACCACUUAGCGGUGUCGGAAGAAGUGGAGGGCGUGAGCGGCCGCUACUUCGCUGAUUGCAAGGAGACAACCGCCUCGGAACUGGCGCGCCGCAAGGACUUGGCCACCGGUCUGUGGGAGGCCAGCGUGAAGGCUGUAGGACUGAAAGAAAACAAGAUCUACUAUUGACCUCCCAACCUCUGCCAGUCACCAUCCAGCGGCUUCCCAGGGCUUGAAUUACCCUCCACUCCUAAAGACUCGCGGAAUCAUCCCACACUUUCUAUGUCUCAUAAAUCCACGCCACCUGAUCCUCCUCUAAUGAUGAUGUUUAAAAGCUUCACUCUGUCCCUUCCGUCCUUCACAUGGUAAGAAUGACCCAUGUGCACAAGACAUACACUGCAAAAAACUUGCGUAUUGUUAGUGCCUUCUUGUGAUUAACGUUGUUUUGCUGUCGAUCCCUUGAUUGUUGAACCAUUUCGAUAAUUAUACCUUUCCAGUGAAAUUUGAAUAAAGAUAUUGAUCCUU